UAAGAGAAGAAAGUUGAAGGGAAAGAACCGUUCAUUUAGUGAAAAUUAAGAGAAGAACGUGUCAAAUGCAUGCUAAAAGUAUUUAAGUGAGCAUAUUUUAGCAUUUAUGUUGAAUGUUGAGCUGUUGGAAUUGGAUGAAGAGAGCUAUGUUCGGCCCAGUGAACAUACAAAUGGCUAUGCUGGUGAUUUCUCGGCUCCUUCGAUGCAAUACGAAGAGAAAUGGUCAAUAUUUGAUUUUAGUGGCAAUACUACGAACUUUUGCACAUUUCUCUUGGUCAUUAGCGCGUUGUUCGCAGCCUUAUGGUGCUCGGUGUACUACCUGAUGAAAAUAUGUGAAAAUGUGAUGAAUAAGAGGCAAAGGAGUCGUGCAAGACAUGAAAGCAAAGACAUGGUUCGGCAGAAGGAGAGUAAAGAGCACAGUUCCGAUCAUAACCAAGUACGUGGUGCGCUGUGCAGUAAACCUGUUAAUGUUACAACGUCUCUUGCUGAUUGGUGUGAUGAAGACACUGAGAGUGAUUAUGAGAGUUGCAAUGAUAAGUGAGCAGUAA